AUGGCUGUUGCAAAAAAAAGAUUAUUAAAUAAUGAGGAUAAUGAAAAGCCAUUAAAACAAAUUAAAAUCAAUACUAAAAUACAAGAAGAAGAAGAAGAAGAUAAUGUUCAAUCAACAGAACAACAUGAUGAUGAUGAUGAACACAUUUCAUUAGGAGAAGAGGAUAAUAGCGAAGAAAUCGAAAGCGAAGAAGACCAAGAAAUCGAAAGCGAACAAGAACAAGAGGAAGGUCAAGAGGAGGAACAAGAGGAAGAACAAAAGGAAGAAGAAGAACAAGAUGAAGAGCCAGAAGAUAAAAAAUUAUUAAAUAAAUUAAAUAACGAACAAAUUUUAGCAAAUAGAUUUAUUUCAACUAUGGCUGAUUCAUUUUCACAGGUUUUACAAAAUAAAAAAACCCAUAUUGGUGCAUUAAGAGGUUUAUAUUUUGAAUCAAUUAAUCAAAUUAAACACGAAACUAUUAGAGAAUUAUUAUUUAAACCAAGAUCAUGGCAUAUGUUUUAUAAAUUAGUUAAAAAAAGUAUUGGUGAAAUUUCAAAAUCAGAAGGUGAUGAAGACGAUAUUAAUAUGAAAGAAGAAUCAGAUGAUGAUAACCAAGAAGAAAAAGAAAAAGCAGAGGUAGAUGCAUCAGAUGAGGAGGAUAAUUUUACUGAUCAAGUUUUCAAAAAUUUAUUAAGUUAUAAUAUUAUUGGUGGAAAAGAAUCAUUAAUCACACAAAUUAAAAAACAAUGCGAAAUGAACCAUUUACACAAACAAUCGAUAUCACUUUUAUCACAGGAAGAUAAAUAUUUCAAAUAUUAUAAGAUUACAGAUGAUCAUAAUAGUCUUUAUGAUUUGUUAGAUAAAUAUAUUAUGUUUUCAUUUACUUUAGAUGAUAUUUCAAAUAGUUAUUUAAAUGUUUUAAUUACAAUUUUAAAUUCAAUUAAAGACGAAAAUAUUCCAUUAGUUAAUUUCGAAAAGAUUUAUAAAUCAUUAAGAAAGUUUUUAUCAAUUUCAUCACCAUUAUUAAAUAAAAUUUUUAAAGAGAACACAACAAAUAAAUCAUCAACAUCAACAUCAGACAAUGAAAUAGAUCCAAACUUAAUAAAGUUUUUAAUUCAAUUCUCUGGUUUAUUAUUUAAAUUUUCAUUAUUAUUAAAUUCAAAUUCAACUAUAGAUAUGAAACAAAAUUACGAAUCAGACUAUUCAAUAGUUAAACUUUUAUUAGGUAAAUCAAAUUAUCUUGCAAAAUUAGUUUCAAUGAUGACAAGCUUUGAUUUUUCACAACCUCAGUUUUUACCAAAACAACAACAAAAAGAUUCUUUUAUUUCCUUAUUUUUAAAUCAAUUUAUUCAAGAAUCAAAAUUAUCCUCACCACCAUCAAACCCAGUUAGUUAUUUAAAGUCAAGAAUUUUAUGUGAAAGAGGUAUUAAUGUUUUAACAAAAUUAAAAGAUCCAUUAUUUACAAAAUUAAAAAUUUCAUCAGCAACUUUACCAGUUCCAGAAUCAUUAUUAAAUUUUAUUAAAGAAAAUCCAACCCUUUUAGUUAAAUCUCAUAAAAACAUGGAUGAUACUCAAGCUAUUAGACAAUUAAAAUUAGACUCUCUAUUAAAUAUUUUGGUUAAAUAUGAAGAAUAUUUAGAAAAGUUACAAAAAGAACAAAAAGAACAAGAAGAAGAAGGUGAAGAUUAUAUCAAAGACCAUUUCACUAUCGAUAAAGGUGGCAAUAAAGAUGAAGAGACUGAAGAUAAUGAUGAAGCAGCCCAACAAGAUUUAGACGAUUCAAUCAUUGAAAAUCAACCAAAGAGUCUAUUAGACUUUUUAGAUGAAGACGAUUUAAACUCUGAUUCAGAUGAAUAA